AGGCCGCUCUGGCCGGCGCUCGGUGCCCGCCGUGCCCGCGGAGGGAGGGCCCUCGCCCGGCGAGUGGCCAAUCCGGGCGGGCGCUGGCGGCGAGCAGGGGCAGAAUGGGCUGUUAGUUGAGCGAAAUAGGGAAAGCGGCGAACAGUGUGGAGCGUUCCCGGUGUAAAUAAAAGGGGGGGCGAAAAAAAAAAAAAAAAAGUUUGUGGAAGUCGCCGCCCUGCAGCCUCGCUCGGGCAGUGGCGCGGGGGCUUGUGCGGUGCGGGAGCCCGACACGGAGGACUUUAGUGCGCGGCGUUAAGACGCUCUGCCUAUUGUUUGUGUUUUUUUCCAAAAUAUGGCAAAGGUUCAGGUGAACAAUGUAGUGGUGUUGGAUAAUCCUUCUCCUUUCUACAAUCCUUUCCAGUUCGAAAUCACAUUCGAGUGCAUAGAGGACCUGUCUGAAGAUUUGGAAUGGAAAAUAAUUUAUGUGGGUUCAGCUGAAAGUGAAGAGUAUGAUCAGGUGUUAGACUCUGUUUUAGUUGGACCUGUUCCUGCAGGCAGACACAUGUUUGUAUUUCAGGCUGAUGCACCUAACCCAGGGCUUAUUCCAGAUGCAGAUGCAGUAGGUGUAACAGUUGUGCUAAUUACAUGCACUUACCGAGGUCAAGAAUUUAUUAGAGUCGGCUACUAUGUAAACAAUGAAUACACUGAAACAGAACUGAGAGAGAAUCCACCAGUAAAGCCAGAUUUUUCUAAGCUUCAAAGGAAUAUUUUGGCAUCUAAUCCCAGAGUCACAAGAUUCCACAUUAAUUGGGAGGACAACACUGAAAAACUGGAAGAUGCAGAGAGCAGUAACCCAAAUCUACAGUCUUUGCUUUCUACAGAUGCAUUACCUUCAGCAUCAAAGGGGUGGUCAACAUCAGAAAAUUCACUAAAUGUCAUGUUAGAAUCUCAUAUGGACUGCAUGUGACUAACCACCAUCCUUUUGGUACUGUAUAUGUGUUAAACUGUAAAAACAACCAGAACUAUUUCCCUCAAAUUCCAUAAGUACAUAGUUGAAGCAAUGUGAAGAACUUGUUUUAAAACAUCCUGUAGAGAAAGUUUAUAAAAAAAAAACAAAAACAAACAAAAAAAACCAACCAACACACAAACAGUAUUUGAGCAGAUUGUGAAAUAUAAAUACAACUAUUUUUAAGUAA